AUGAAACCACGUUAUAAUCUUCGUACUCAAUCAAUUAAAUCUCAGCUUAUAACAAAAACUAAAAAAUCUCCUUCAAUAUUAACAUCUCGAGUGACUAAAAAAUUCAAAUCUCGUCAUUCGAAUUCUGUAAUCAAUCAGGAAAAUCGUCGUCAUAGUUUACGUUUAACAUCAGCUGUUAAAGAAAUAAAAGCUCCAUUUACUAUUCAUGAAACUAUACCAAAAUGGCGUCAAGCAGAGAAUGAUACUGAAGAUGAAAAUCCAUCAAUAAAUAAUGAUGAUAGUUAUGAUGAUUUACUUGCUCGACAUCAUCGACACAUGCUUGAAGAACAAAAAGAUCGAAAACUUUAUGAACGUUAUGUUCGUGGUCAACGAAGUCUCCGUCGUUUACAAUGUCGUCGUACACACACAGCACAUUUAAAUGAAGCGACUAGAAAUCGUUUAUUACGUGAAUUAGAACGUGAACGCUGUUAUGCUAUUCGAGAUAAAAUUUGUGCAUAUCUUGCCAAUCAUACAAUUGUAUUUCAACAUGGAUGUAAUAUAGAAUCGAAAGAACCUAUAAAUUGGUCAAGACUUGAAGAAGAAAUUCCUCAUAAUAGAAAUAUUGGUACAAUACAUCAAUUAGACGUAAUGAUUGGUAAUUUAAAAAAAGUUAUACGAAAUUCAAAAUCUUCUAUAUCAAAACCUCGAUUAUCUGUCCGUGAACGACAAAAACAACGUUUAGCAUCUAAGACUCUCAGUACUUCAAUUAAAUCAGAUGUUUCACAAACAAAUGAAAUCGAUCCAUCACUUGUCAUAUCAAACUCAACUUUGAAUAUACCAUCACAAUUACCAAUAGUAUCUUUUUCACCUCGUGUACCCAUUGUUCGAUUUAUCGAUGAUCAAUAUAAUAAAAUACCAAUAAGUAAUUCCCAACAUUUAACAUGUAUACAAAAUGUUUUAUCACAUAAUGAACAAUCGAAUAAUAAUUCUAAUAACAGACUUGUAACUAAUGAAAUGUCAACGUCUAUUUCUAUUAGAAAAUUAGUUCUACGUCCGAAAUCGACACAUAUCAAUUUAUCAGAUUCAUCUCCAACGAAAAAACGACCAUUGGAAAAAGAAAAUUAUAGUGUUGUGACAAAUUCAUCAAAUAAUAAUACACACUCAAAUAGUAUUUUGAAAAAUACAUCAUCACCAAUGGUAUCGAUCAAAUAUACCACGUCUCAUUCGUCGUCUCGUUCCUAUCCAAAUACGAGAAAACAUCCAAUGAUUAAUAAUUCAUUAACAACACGUCGACAAACAAGACUUUCGGGUGAUUAUCGUAAUUGUGAUAUACCUUUCUGGACUGUUCAAACUAUUCUACAAUAUGCUUCUGAACUAGAAGAUUUUGAUUUCAUCUAUUAUACGGGUGAUUUACCACCUCACAAUGUAUGGAAUCAAUCUCGUGCAGAUCAGCUAUAUGCGAUUAAAACUAUUAAUCAAUUAUUAGCUACGACCUUUCCUAAUAAAACUUUCUAUCCAGCAGUUGGAAAUCAUGAAGCAGCACCUUGCAAUAUGUUUCCGACACCUAUGGUUCGAUCAGACAAUAUUUCAUGGUUGUACGAAGCAUUAGCUGAUAGCUGGUUCACACUUGGUUUACCAUCUGAUACACGUGAUACUAUCACACGUGGCGCUUUCUAUACAACAAUUGUACGUCCUGGUUUACGAUUAAUAUCACUCAAUAUGAAUUAUUGUUCAUCCGAAAAUUAUUGGUUAUUUAUCAAUGCAACUGAUCCGUUGGGUCAACUUCAAUGGUUGAUACAAUGGUUACAAUAUGCUGAAGAUCAUGACGAGAAAGUUCAUAUUAUUGGACAUCAUCCACCACGUUCUUGUUUAGCAGCUUUUAGCUGGAAUUUUCAUAAAAUUAUCAAUCGAUAUGAAAAUACUAUUGCGGGUCAAUUUUAUGGUCAUACACAUAAUGAUGAAUUUAUUGUGUUUUAUGAUGAAAUUGAAAAACAACGACCUGUAUCAAUGGCCUAUGUAACACCUUCAUUGACUACACAAUCAUUCUUAAAUCCAGGUUAUCGUGUUUAUACAAUGGACGGUGCCUAUCCAGAUUGUUCAUAUUGGGUACUUGAUCAUCGUACAAUGAUUAUGAACUUAACUGCAUCGAAUAUGUAUAAUAGAAGUAUUCUAAUUAAUGAAUAUGAAGCUCGAAAUGCCUAUCAAAUGGAAAAUUUAUUUCCUGCAGAUUGGGACAAUCUUAUUCAAAGAAUGAAAAAUGAUAUUGAUGGUCCCUUAAUGAGUUUAGCAUAUACGUAUUAUACAAAAUCGUAUGCUACCGGAGCCAAGUGUAAUCAUGAUUGUCGAAAAGGUUUAUUAUGCAAUUUUAUGACAGGCCGUUCUGAUGAUCCUCAUGCCUGUGACUCUAUUCCAACUUAUCGUUAA